ACCUGGCCAUAAGAUUGGCAUGUGAUUAUUUUGAUUCUCCAUUUGAUUUUUUUUUAUAAGUGCCACUCUUCUGAGAUGUUCCACAAGAUUUAAUGGAGAUUCAUUAAGUCACAAUUAAAUUUAGGUACUGAUUUAGGUGAGAUGAUGUGAGGAGGUUCCUGGAAUGCAGUCAGCUUUUCAUACAUCCCAAAGUGAUUCUAUAGCAGGAGAUCUGCCACACACUUUCAGUCCAUGGUAAGCAGAUCUUAAUGGAGUUCGGUUUGAGCACAAAUGUCAAGCUGGAACAGGUUUGGGUCUCCAUGUUUAAGUGACAGGGAAAUUUGCAUGCAGUAUUGAAAGACAAAUUGUGUGUAGAACUUUAUAGGAACGGUUUGGGGAAGAUGAUAUGGGUGGAGUUCAUGGAAGCAAAUGAAACGUGGAGAUAAAGAACACAUUUAUCAGUGGUUUAAUACCCGUCCAUUCUCUUUCUCCUGCUGGUUUCUAUCUUAUACACUUUUACAUAGUGGUUUACGCCUUCAGACAGAAUAAGUAGAUGUUUGGAUUCUCAUCCAAACCUGAAAUACCAAAGAAAUCAUCCUGCCUCAACAUUUACCCCAAUCUUCACCUUCACGUCUUUCCCACAUAAUGCAGGUACGAAUCACCUGAAUGAACAAAACCUGAAAAAACAUUUCUCAGAAAGGCAAAGGUUCUCACAAUGUCUCUUGAGCUGCUUUCUCCAACAUCUGGUUCUAAAAUAAAACCUCCAGAUGUAGUGAUAUCUCGAUCUGACUGAGGAGAAGGUGUAUAAAGAGUGUGUUUUUGAGGGAAAGGGAGUUUAUUUGGAGGUAUUUCCUGUAAUUGAACUGAUGAUUGGGUGAGGAGAACCUCAUGAUGUGCUCAGGUUUCUGGACGGUUUUUGUAGGAUUUUGGAAAAUAAACAUAGAAUUGUGUUUUAUUUCGAUCAACACGACUAUAAUCUGGUGUUUGGUGGAUUCAGGGUGGCCUGGGAGUGUUUCUGUGUGAGACACGGAGAUGUUUCAUCAUGUAUGUGGUUUCUUCUGAGGAAAAAAACAACAACACAGCAACACUAUCUCCAGCCAUGUAAAACUCAAAAAAAACAAUAAAUAAAUAAAUUCAGAAGGUAAAUCAGAGCGCUUUUGGAAUCCGAAAUAAUCCGGGAAAAGCCGAGCCCCGACACCGGAUCCCUCUCUUUUCCUCCCCUCCUUUUCCCCUGUAAUGUACCUCCAGCCCUCCCUCUUUCCCUUCAGUGCCAAAAGGAGGAGAAACAACAAGCCGCCAUUUUGUUUUGUGCGGCCAGAGGAGCGGAGGAGGCACGAGAGGCAGACCGAGGAGAGCCGCUUGAACCCCGGCCACGGCGCGCACCGAGCUCCGCGGUCUUCUCAAACAACAAGAGGGAAAGAGGAGGAAAAAAGAGAAAGAGAUAGAUAGAUAGAGAGGAAGAAAACCCAAACGUGGAGAUGAAGAUAAUGAAAAAAAUCACUCUGAAAAUCUGAAGAAGAGGCGGAAGGGGAUUUAAAAAAAAAAACGGGAGGAGGAAAAAAAAGCCUGCGGAGGGGGACGAGAGACGGAGAGAAAAGCGGGGGGUGAAGAAAGAAAGAAAUAGAUAGAUUGUUUCUUUCGGACUUUUUUUUGUUUCCUCCGUCGGCGAGAAGAGAAGAGAGGAAUGGAUGCACUGCUUCCGAAAUGAAAAGACGGAGGACGGUGUAAGGGGGGGGAAGGAAGAAAGAAAGGAAGAGAAAAAGAAGAAGAAAAAAAAGUGAAGGACGUCCACAACAAAGUGAAGGCAAGAAAAAAAAAAAUUGCCGAACCGAGAAGAAGUAAGAGAAAGACGGGGAGAACAUGAAGGCGCAGGGGGUCACGGCACCAGAAAAGCCCGGGGCGCGUUCAGCAGAACCCCGAAAGAUCUCCGAGUGCAUCUCAGAUCUGAUCUGAAAAAUCUUCAGCAUUAAUGCAGAUGCGUUCAGUCUGACCCCUGGGUUCUUCUCCUCACCUGACCACUCGUGGAUUCCUUCCUCGUUUCUUCUACUUCAUUUGAGUUGGUUUGGACCACAAAGUGAGCAGAUCCAUCUUCGGAUCUCAGGUGUCCUUCAAAAAAAAAUUCUAAUCUUCUCAAACUAAUUGGACUGAUUUUUUUUUUCUUGUUUUGCUCCUCUGUUGGAUCAUUUCAGAUCUUUGCAUGCAUGGACGUUGUGGUGCAUGCAGGAGGACAUUUCUUCUGAGGUGUUCCAGCUUGGAGAUCUGUGCAUGUGCAGUUGGAGAUGCGACCCUGCACGAUUCGCUCUGUCCCAUCACGAAAACACUAAAGUGCACCCCGGGAACACGGAUGUUCAUGGAGCUGGUGGUGGAUCCAGACGGUUCUUCGACACUCCUGCGGUAACGUGUUGGGUUUUUCGUUAGUUCCUGCAGAAGAACGCAAGGGUCUUGGACCGUAUCAUGGUGUGUGUGUCGUGUGUGUUGACGUGAACUGCGUACGUUUCUAUAUUGUAAAAGUCGCUGUAUCGAUGAGGCGAGAUCUGAGGACGUCCCGGACAACUUCUGGAAUCGGACGAUUAAUCGCACGGAUAAGCUGGAGAUCAGUGGUGCAGAACGCCAUGGAGAACUUCUUCAGGACUGUGGACGUGUUGAGGAACGCCGCGUGAGGCGAAUUUCAUGACGAGUGUCGAGUUUCCUAACGGUUCCAUUGGCGUCCAAACAAAACCUCCAGCUUCCAAAACACUAUGAUAAUCUCGAGACGGAGGAACGAAAUCGCUCCGGGUUCUCUCGAGAAAUAAAAUUCAUUCCAAUUGUGGACAUUUUCGAUUUGACCUUCCCUUCUUUGGUCCUAUGAACGUGGACAAGAGAGUUGAGAAAUCCCUCGAAUAUUCACGCACUCAGACAGAGGUUUCCUGUCCCGUGUGGAUAUUUAUGCUUUAAAUCCAGAAUCGGUGGAGAAAUAUGGCCGAUAAUGUUUUGGACUCGGGGCCGUCUUCAGCCAAAAGGCCGAAAUUGUCCUCACCUGCUAUCUCCGGUUCUGCCAGCGACUCGAAUGACUUCAGUUCCCUCUUUGACUUGGAGCAUGACCUCCCCGAUGAGCUCAUCAGUUCAUCUGACUUGGCGUUGCCUAACGGAGGGGUCGAGGUGUGCCAGCCUUCGCCCCUGGGCCCGAUUCAGGACACGGCCGCCAAACACAAGCAGCUGUCCGAGCUCCUGUGUUCCACCUCGCAGCAGCAGCAGCAGCAGCAGGCGGGUAUGAUGGGCCAGGCCGGCUUCAACCGCACGAUGAUGGCAGCGCAGAAAGGAAACGGGCAGACGCAGGGCAUGAUGGGAGGCCAGGUCAUGAACGGGGUACCCCGGAUGGGUUACGUCAACAAUACCGCUGGCAUGAACAUGACUGAUCCUCUGCAGCAGCAGCAGCAGCAGCAGCAGCAGCAACAACAACAGCAACAACAACAACAGCAACAGCUCAGAGCUCAGCAACCUGGAGCCAUGAACAAGAUGGGCAUGAUUGCCAGUGCUGGCUCCGCCCCCUUCAUGCCUCCUUACCCCCACGGAGGAGCUCAGUCAUCUCUCACCCCGUCACUCCAGAAUAAAGUGUCUCCGAAUCUCUCCCAGUUUGCUGUGGAGCAGAAAACCCAGCCUGGACAGAGUGUCCCCGGCCUGGCUGUAGCGCCCCCUGUGGCUGACCCUGAGAAGAGGAAGUUGAUCCAGCAGCAGCUCGUCCUCCUGCUUCACGCUCACAAGUGUCAGCGUCGGGAGCAGAAUAACGGAGAGCUGCACUGCAGCCUGCCUCACUGCAGGACCAUGAAGAACGUCCUCAAUCACAUGACCCACUGUCAGGCUGGGAAAACCUGCCAGGUGGCUCACUGUGCGUCUUCAAGGCAGAUCAUUUCUCAUUGGAAGAACUGCACACGACAUGACUGUCCUGUCUGUCUGCCUUUAAAAAACGCAGGAGACAAGAGGAACCAGCAGUCUCUGUUGGGCGGAGCUAGUGUGGCAGUGGGCGGGUCUGUGGGUGGUUCUGCCCCUUGUGCUCCUCCCUCAGGACCCAACCUGAACUCGGCGGGGCAGAUCGAUCCGAGCUCCAUAGAGAGAGCAUACGCCGCGCUGGGCCUCAGCUACACGGGGCAGACGGGCCAGAUCGCUCCCUCUACUGCCACUGGUGUUAAUCAGGUUGGUGUUAAUGGCAGUGUUGGUGUUCAGUCACAAUCCCAGCAGGCGAACCACCUGCCAGACGCUCUGUUACACCGGAACCUCAACACACACAGUCUGAUGAGUGAUGGAGGAGGGGCGGGGCCUAUGACGUCUGUUUCCAUUACCAAUCCCACUUCUGCAGGAAUGAGGAAGAGCUGGCAUGAGGACAUCACGCAGGACCUACGCAACCAUCUCGUCCACAAACUUGUCCAGGCAAUCUUCCCCACCCCGGACCCUGCUGCUCUGAAGGACAGGAGGAUGGAGAACCUGGUGGCGUAUGCACGCAAGGUGGAGGGAGACAUGUACGAGUCCGCCAACAGCAGGGCUGAAUAUUAUCACCUGCUUGCUGAGAAGAUCUAUAAAAUCCAGAAGGAGUUGGAAGAGAAGAGGAAAACCAGACUUCAGAAACAGAGCACACACUCGGAGAAUGGUCCUCUGGCAGAUCAGUCACUCCUUCGUCCCACUGGACCGAACCAGAUGGUCAACAGAAUGCCGAAUCCUGCUGGUAUGAAUCAGUUUGGUCAGAUGGGGGCUCAGUCUCAGCACAUCAACCAGCUGGGCAUGCAGGGGGUACCUCGAAUGGCGCAGCCUUCCAUGGCUCAGCUGCAAAACCAGUUCAAUCCAAACCAGUUCCCGUUAGGCGUGUCCAGCCCGGUCCAGAUGUCCAAUCCACAAAUGCUCAAUAGUCCAGCUGUUCAGACUCCGCCCACAAGUUCUACAUCCAACCUCCCACCUCCGUCGCAACUCCAGACCCCACCCCUCCACCAAACCACGCCCUCCCCAGCGGCCAGACGCACGCCCACGCCUCAUCAGACUCCGCCCCACAUGCCCGGCAGUCAAACCCCUCAGCCGCACACGCCCAACUCGGCCAUUAUGGCCCCGCCCACUCCACAGCAGCUGGACAGGGCCAGUCAGAUGCAGUCGCAGGGAGGCGGAGCUUCCGAGGCUUUGUCUGUGCCUUCACAGGAAGCUCUGGGGCAGAACACUCAGCUUCAGUCCCCGAUGUCUCAAAAGCAGGUCAUGAUGACGGACGGCCCGACGUUGACCCCUGCCUCGGCUGCCUCCGUCGACCUCGAGCCGAACUCUGCCCCCGAAACCGAGCUAAAAAUGGAGGUCAAAAAACAGGAGGACGGAGAAGAGGAGGACGAGGAGGAAGAGGCACAGGAGGACAAGAAGAAAAUGAAAACUGAAGCUGUGCAGGACGAGGUGAAGACCGAGGAGAAACCGGAGAUUAAGAAGGAGGAGCCAGAGGCGGAGUCUUGUAAGGUGGAGCCAAUGGAGGCGUCUACGGAGGAGAGUGGAGAAGACAAGAAGCCGGAGAUCAAGGUCGAGCCUAAAGAGGAGAAAGAAGGAAAAGAGACCACAACUGACUCGUCCACCACUGCGGAGAGCAAGAAGAAAAUCUUUAAGCCGGAGGAGAUGCGUGAGGUCCUCAUGCCCACCCUGGAAGCGCUUUACAAGCAGGACCCCGAGUCGCUGCCUUUCCGCCAGCCUGUGGACCCGCAGCUCCUAGGCAUUCCCGACUACUUCGACAUCGUGAAGAACCCCAUGGACCUGUCCACCAUAAAGCGGAAGCUGGACACGGGUCAGUACCAGGAGCCGUGGCAGUACGUGGACGACAUCUGGCUGAUGUUCAACAACGCCUGGCUGUACAACCGCAAGACCUCGCGCGUCUACAAGUACUGCUCCAAGCUGGCCGAGGUGUUCGAGCAGGAGAUCGACCCCGUCAUGCAGGGCCUCGGCUUCUGCUGCGGACGCAAGCUGGAAUUUUCUCCUCAAACUCUGUGCUGCUACGGGAAACAACUGUGCACGAUCCCCCGAGAUGCCGCCUACUUCAGCUACCAAAACAGUUCACCCAAAUAUGGGCUUCUUGCUAACAGGUACCACUUCUGUGAGAAGUGUUUCAAUGAAAUCCAGGGCGAGAACGUGUCCCUGAGUGACGACCCCACACAGCCGCAAACAUCUAUCAAUAAAGACCAGUUUGAGAAGAAGAAGAACGACACCCUCGACCCAGAGCUGUUUUUGGAAUGCUCCGAUUGCGCUCGUAAAAUGCACCAGAUCUGCGUCCUGCACAACGACACGAUAUGGCCUUCAGGCUUCGUGUGCGAUGGGUGUUUAAAGGCGGCCAACAAGUCGAGGAAGGAGAAUAAAUACACUGCCAAACGACUUCCCCAGACGAAGCUGGGCAACUUCCUGGAGACACGCGUGAACGAGUUCCUGAAGAGGCAGAGUCAUCCGGAAACUGGUGAGGUCACCAUCCGGGUGGUCCAUGUCUCUGACAAAAUGGUCGAAGUCAAACCCGGAAUGAAGUCCAGAUUUGUAGACAAUGGGGAAAUGGCUGAGUCUUUCCCCUACCGGACAAAAGCUCUGUUUGCGUUUGAGGACAUCAAUGGCAUGGACGUGUGUUUCUUCGGUAUGCAUGUUCAAGAAUACGGCUCGGACUGUCCUCCACCCAACCAGAGGCGUGUGUACAUCUCCUACCUGGACAGCGUGCACUUUUUUCAGCCACGUCAUCUCCGGACAGGCGUGUAUCACGAGAUUCUAGUCGGCUACCUGGAGUACGUGAAGAAGCUGGGCUUCACCACUGGACACAUCUGGGCGUGUCCGCCAAGUGAAGGAGAUGACUACAUCUUCCACUGCCACCCACCGGAUCAGAAGAUCCCCAAACCCAAGAGGCUGCAGGAGUGGUACAAGAAGAUGCUGGACAAGGCGGUGGCAGAGCGAAUUGUUCACGAUUACAAGGACAUUUUUAAACAGGCAACCGAGGAUCGCCUGACUAGCGCAAAGGAGCUGCCUUAUUUUGAGGGCGAUUUCUGGCCCAACGUGCUGGAGGAGAGCAUCAAAGAGCUGGAGCAAGAAGAGGAGGAGAGGAAAAGAGAGGAGAACAGCACCUCCAACGAAAGCGUUGAUGCCAUAGAGGGUGACAGCAAAAAUGCGAAGAAGAAGAACAACAAAAAGACAAACAAGAACAAAAGCAGCAUGAGUCGAGCCAACAAGAAGAAACCAGGCGUCCCAAAUGUCUCGAACGAUCUAUCCCAAAAACUCUAUGCUACCAUGGAGAAACACAAAGAGGUGUUCUUCGUCAUCCGUCUCCUUGCUGGCCCUGCCGUGAACUCGCUCCCUGCAAUCAUCGAACCGGACCCCCUGAUGGCAUGCGACCUGAUGGAUGGACGUGACGCCUUCCUGACACUGGCUCGGGACAAGCACUUGGAGUUCAGCUCUCUGCGACGAGCCAAGUGGAGCUCGAUGUGUAUGCUGGUGGAACUGCACAACCAAAGCCAGGACCGCUUUGUGUAUACUUGCAACGAGUGCAAACAUCACGUGGAGACACGUUUUCACUGCACCGUCUGUGAGGACUAUGAUCUUUGUAUUACUUGCUACAAAACAAAGGGUCAUGAGCACAAGAUGGAGAAGCUCGGUCUGGGUCUGGAUGAUGAGAGUAGCAACCAGGCGACGGCAGCCACGCAGAACCCUGGUGACUCUCGUCGCCUUAGCAUCCAGCGCUGCAUUCAGUCGCUGGUGCAUGCCUGUCAGUGUCGCAAUGCCAACUGCUCCCUGCCAUCGUGCCAGAAGAUGAAGCGAGUGGUGCAGCACACGAAGGGCUGCAAGCGGAAGACAAAUGGCGGGUGUCCCAUCUGCAAGCAGCUCAUUGCUUUGUGCUGCUAUCAUGCCAAGCACUGCCAGGAGAACAAGUGUCCUGUACCGUUUUGCCUCAACAUAAAGCAGAAACUCCGACAGCAGCAGCUACAGCACAGGCUGCAGCAAGCACAGAUGUUGCGUAGGCGCAUGGCCACCAUGCAGCGGACUGGGCAGCCUCCUCUUGGGGGUGGCCCACCUGGAGGACUUCCAUCACCGGGCAACAACUGCGCCACGGGUCGUAGCACACCAACAUCGGUGGGUACCCAGCCUCCCACCCCUCAGACGCCUACCCAACAAAGUCUGGCACCUAUACCCCAGCCUGGAAUGGGAGGCAUUCCUGUUGCCUCCCCUCAGCAGCUACAGCAACCCCAGGGCAACAUGCCUUCCCAGCACCCUGGCCAUCAACAAUUUCAGCAAAUGCAAGGUGCUCCAGGAGUUAUGGCGUCUCCUCAGCCUCAAAUGGUUUCCCAACAACAGACAGGACAGUCACCACAUCCAAACAGUAUGGCUCAGUAUGGCCCACGACCUCCAGGCUCAACAGGCAAACCAGGCCUGGGCCCUGCAAGUCCCAGCAGCUUAGGGGUCGGUCUACUUCAGCAACAAUCAGGUCCUCCUCCAGCAGCUGUGGAAAUCGCUAAAAAGAUUCAGCAAGUGGCAGAUGCGCAAAGAAACAUGGCAAAAGCUCAACUACUACAGAGGCAAGCAAACCAGACAGGCAUGAUGCCUCCACACCCACACCACCAACAACCUCAAGUGCAAAUGGGAAUGACCCAUCCAGGAGUUGGCAUGGUAGGUGGAACAGGAAUACCUCCUCACGCACAAGCUACUGUUUCCCGAGGUCAGAUAGAGCAGCAGCAGGGACCUCAAGGAAUGAUGGUUGGAGUGGGACCCAUGCAGCAGCAAUCUGUACCACAGGCUAAUGCACAGGGCCAGCUUCCUCCACAGGUGCAGAUGCAGCAAAGAGCUAAUGUGCAGCUUCAGCCUUCUGCUCAGCAGCAAUGGACUGGACAGGGAAUUCCACCUCAGCAGAGAGCUCCAAACAUGAAUCAGCCUGGGGUGGCUGCAAUGCAGCAACAAAUGCAGCAGUCCCAACAGCCACAGCAGCAACAGCAAAUGCCAAAUCACAAUGCCUUGAUGAAUAUGGUGCAGGGUGGACUGCAGGGUGGUACUGCAGGUGGAAUGGCAGGUGGGAGUCUUCCUCAGGGAACCAUGCAGGAACUCCUGCAAACCCUGCGGUCACCUAGCUCACCUCAGCAGCAGCAACAGGUUCUCCACAUUCUUCGCUCUAACCCACAACUAAUGGCUGCAUUUAUAAAGCAGCGGGUUGGCAAGUAUAAAAAUGGGCCAGGAGGUCCUGCUGGUGCACAGGGAGGGCCAGGAGCGAUGAGCACUCAGCCAGUGGGAGUCAACACUUGUGGGCUUCCACAACCAAUGAAUAUGGGCCAAGCCCAACUUGCCCAGCUUCAACAGCAGCAGCAACAGCAGCAAAUGCAACAACCUCAGAGACCCCUGCUUCAGCAACAGCAAGUUGCCGGGUUACCACAGCAGCAACAGCAAGGAAUCCCAGGCCAAGUGCCUCCCAACGUGGCCAACAUGAAUCCACAGUUCAGAGAGAUGUUGUUAAGGAGACAACAGCAGAAACAGCAACAGCAACAGCCAGGAGGAAAUCACAAUGCAUUCCAACAGCAGCAGGGCUACAUGGGUCAACAAGGUCAGCAGCCACAACCAGGCGUGCAACCUGGGGUCCAGCAGCAGGGUUACCCAGGCAACCCGGCACAACAGCAGGGUUAUCCAAGCAACUCCACCCAAGGUUUCCCAGGCAACUCUGCACAGCAGCAAGUUUACCCAGGCAACUCUGCACAGCAGCCGGGUUACGCAGGCAAUUCGACCCAGCAGCAGGGUUACCCAGGAAACUCGGCUCAGCAGCAAGGUUACCCAGGUAACACAGCACAGCAACCAGGUUACCCAGGGAACUCAACCCAGCAGCAGGGUUUCCCAGGCAACUUAACCCAGCAGCAGGCUUUUCCAGGCAACUUGACUCAGCAGCAGGCUUUUCCAGGAAACUCGGCUCAACAGCAGGGUUACCCAGGCAACACUGCACAGCAGCAGGCUGCUGUAGCCUUGCAGCAAAGACUGCAGCAUCAGCACAGAUUGCAAAUGCAGCAGCAACAGCAGAAUGCUGCAAUGCAAGGGCCUGAUCGAGGUGGUCCACAGAUGCAGCCGGGACAAGGAGGGACACAGCCUUUGUCAUCUCCAGCAAUUCUGCAGCAAGUGAUCCACCAGAGGCUGCUUCAGCAACAGAAGCAGCACCUCGGUGGGACGUCGCCUGCGCAGCAGAACAAUCUGAGUCCACAGCAGCAAAUGUCCCAGUCACCACACCUGCAGGGCCAGCCACUCCCUAACUCUCUCAGCAACCAAGUGCGUUCGCCUCAACCCUCCCCACGUCCUCAAUCUCAGCCACCACACUCGAGUCCAUCCCCACGAAUGCAGCAGUCUCAGACAUCUUCCCCACACCCCGCCCAUCUACAGCAGCACCUCCCUGGCAUGGCUCCUCCACCGCCUCCUCCCCAGCUACAGCAGAAUGCAAUGGACCCUGGCGGGAACUCGAUGCUGCCGCACCUUGGUGGCAUGGUAGGACUCCACCCCGCAGGAGCGAAAGACAUUCGUCCCCCUAGUGGGCAGGAUCUCGGGGUGAACAUGAACCCUUUAGACAUGUAGUUAGAAAACCUUGCCAGAGACAGUGUUAGCUUUUUUUAUAUAUAUAUAUUACAGUUAUUAAUUAUUUAAAUUUUUUUCGUAACUCUGAAGACCUGGAUCUGUGCUCUUCCUAUGGGAGAUGCAGAAAUGACAUAACCCGAAUGUUACGAGUGUGAACGCUAAAUUAUGGCUCUUUCUCUUUUGCUUUCUGAUUUUUUUUUUUUUUUUUUUUUUUUGGGACUUUUUUUUUUUUUUGCCAAUUGUGAACAAAUAAAGGCUUGUUUCUCCGACUCAGAGAAUAGAACACAGGUAAUAUUUUCAGGCCUGCGUGGAGUAUUUACCUUUUUAAGAUAUAUUUUUUAAUAUUUUAAAAAUGUAAAGUACUGAUUUAUUGAAUGCAAUGGGUUUUAUUUUAUAAAUAAUUUUUUUUUCGCUCCUUGAAGCUGUCUCUGUUACUAUUUCUACAGUGCGGAAAUGCGACAAAUGUUACAAUUCUUGUCGAGUUUUAUUUUUGUGGGGUUUUUUUUGUUGUUUUUUUGUUGUUAAUUAUUCUGAUGUCCUUCAUAUCUUCCUUGAAACGUUUGGUUUUUGAAUUCUGUUAUUUAUUCUAGUGAGGUUUUUUUUGGCUCCUGGAGACUGCUACAAUUCUACAGAGUCUAUUUUUUAAAAACCCGGAAAUCUGCAGCGUGGUUUCUUCACAUUGAUGUUGACUGAUGGUGAGGAGAGGAACCGCAGUGGUGUGGACUGAAAGGCUUGGUGAUGUCGGCCAGUGGACCUUUUUAUUUUUCUUCCCUCUUCUUCUUUUGUGCCACAUUUGUUUAAAACGCCUAGCCAUAGUGUCCACAUGGGGCAAACCACGUGUCCAGUUUUCCCCCUUGUGUGUGUGUGUGCGCGUGCGUGUGUGUGUGCGCGUGUGUUUGUUUGUACUUGUUAUGACACUUACUGGCUAGAGGAGGUGUGUACUCUCAAAAGUGUGUGUGUGUAUGCGCUAAUAUGCAUAGAUGAGAUUAGUCUAUCUAAGCAACUGGUCUCUCCUUGUACGUUGCCUCCACUUUGAGAAAUCUCAUUGCGCUGAGUUUUUUUUUGUUUUGUUUUUGUUUUGUUUUUUUAGUUUAAUUUAAUUAUUUUUUACUGUACAAAGAAACAAACCUUGGACUCCAUACCAUUUUUGUAAUAAAAUGAUGUCAACAACAA